AAAUAUUGAUGUGUCGGUGUAUUGGUGUAUGCGCAGUUUCCUUCACCAAUGGAUAAAUAUUUAAAUUGAUCGAUAUCGUUGCAUUAUUGAGUGGAGAGAUUCCCGUUCUAACGAUCGAGACAGAGCUGUUAUCGGUCAGUUCUUGUAAUCACCUGGUAAUUGACCCCCUUUGUAAAGAGUUUUAUUCACUGAUUUAAACUGUUUUUGUCAACCUUGACUGACGGUCGUUUGAAGGAAAAGGCCAUUUUCAGGAAAGUAAAAACUCAAAAUAAAGGAAAAUAUCAAAGAUAUACGGAUUUUUCAACACUAUCUAGAGUACAGGUAUCCAAGAUGGCGUUAUCUUGCGGAGGAAAAUGUAUGAAGUUGUUCCUGAUUGUUGUCAACACGAUCUUUAUGUUGCUCGGACUCGGCAUCCUAAUACCAGGAAUUCUUAUGUUGGUUGAUGUUGACGUCAUCAAUGAUAACAUACUCCCCUUGCUGAAGCAGUUGUCAUUCGGUGCGCUAAAUGUGGGUGACCUUGCCAAGGGUCUGUCCUUGACCCUGAUAAUCUUUGGUUCAUUCGUCCUCAUCGUGUCGAUGCUGGGUUGCUGUGGUGCAAUGUGUCAACAAAGACUGUGCCUCGUCGUUUAUGCCGCUCUCGUUUUGGUGUUCUUCCUGGCUAAGCUGGUGGUUGUCAUAUUGUGGUUUGUCAUGAACGAUAAGAUCCAGAGUUGGAUGAAAACAGAACUGCUUAGCCAACUCGAGACGAACUAUAAAUAUAACGAUCUGACUUCAGAGGAAAUCUCUACGGCAUGGAACUAUAUGUUUAUGACUCUCUCCUGUUGUGGCGUCAAUGCAGUAACCGGAACGACAAAUGACUUUGACAACUCGGUAUGGAUUGGAAGUGCCGGAAGUAAGGAAAUUCCAACAUUCUGUUGUUCAGGGGUCACCGCCUCAAAUUACGCCACCUACUCCAACAGUGCGUGCACGGACACUGUCGCAUCAGGUUAUUACACCAAGGGUUGUUAUGACGCCACCUAUAGUUUACUGGACACAUACAGUACGGUAUUCAUGGCAACUGGAAUCUGUAUUUUACUGGUAGAGCUUGUUGCAUUUAUUGGGUCCAUUGUAAUUAUAAAGCAAGGAGGCGAGGACGGAAAGAGUUUAUCCGGAGCCGCCAAAAUGGUGUAGCGGGAAAAUAACAUCGAACGGACCCCGUGACAAAACAACUAGUCUUGUUCUUGAUUCCGUCCAAUAUUUAUUAUAUACUUUAUACAUUGUUGUUUUGAAUGGUGUUUCUUGUUAAAUUACUUAUUUGAAAAUCUUUUGUCCACUUCUUGACAUAAUUUGAUCCUGGUGCUGAAAUGUUCACUAUUCAACCCUCACUACUAUUAUAUUUGUACCUCUCUUCGGCUAUAAUGCUUAUAAUGUGGCAUAGUAUUAAAUGUUUAUGUUGUUUAAACUUUGUGACAUUUUAUAUUUUCACAGUUACACCAAUAAGUGUAGUACUAGUAUAAGAUCGUUCCUGAAAUGAACGCUUUUGAAAAAUAAAAUAGUAUAACCAGUCUGUUUUAUAUUUAA